GCACGUGAUCCGGGCGCGAAGCAGGAAGUCCCACGGCUGUCUCCACCGACGGGGCCGAGAUGACUUCGGCUUUGACCCAGGGCCUGGAGCGGAUUCCGGACCAGCUGGGUUACUUGGUGUUGAGUGAGGGAGCCGUCCUCGCGUCGUCUGGCGACCUGGAGAACGACGAGCAGACGGCCGGUGCCAUCUCGGACCUGGUCAGCACCGCCUGUGGCUUCCGGAUGCAGCGUGCCCAGGACGUGCCCUUCAAACGUCUGUCCGUUGUCUUUGGGGAGCACACAUUUCUGGUGACCGUAUCUGGCCAGAAGGUCUUCGUGGUGAAGAGGCAGAACCAUGGCCGUGACCCUAUCGCCUGAACGGGCCCCCCGCGCCCUCCCCCCGGUUCCGAGGGGGUGGAUUUUUCUUCGACGGGAGCGGCGGAGGAAGCCGAAGUCUCCUUUUCCCUCCUCCCGGGGAAAUAAAGGCCUCGUGUGAGCCA